AUUUCCAAUAAACAUUCCUAAGACUCACUGGUAUUUAGUGGUCAUCAAUGCAAAAAAACGUUUGAUACAAGUACUGGACUCACUUGGUGAUGCAAUGAGCCGGAGUGAUCUCACUCUUUUGCUGCAGGGACUUGAGAAGCAUCUGAAAAUCGCAUCCCAAAUGAAAGACUUCGACAAAGGUGAAAAGUGGAAGGAUCUUGAUGUCACAAAAUGGCCAAUAGUAGAGCAGUUUCAAGAACGUGUGCAAACUGAUGGCUCAUCAUGCGGGUUAUUCAUGCUUAACUUUAUGGAAUAUUGGACAGGUGAUAUUUUGUCUGAUGAUUUCACUCAGGUAUGUUGUUUGAGAGUGGAUUUGGUGAUCACAUGAGUAGCUGCGCAUGAAUUUACAUUUUUUUCACCAUUGGAUCUGCUAUAUCUCCGUUUGUCGACCGACUGACUUUUCUUCCCGUUUUUCUUCCUGAUAGCAUUACUACCUGCUUACAUCUUUUAUAAUGGCCUUAAGGAGAUGUUUUUUAAUAUUAUUUUGCAGGACGAUAUGAAAAAAUUUCGCCAAAAAUUAAUCGUCAUAUUGCUAGAGUCAGAAUUGAAUAAACUAAAAGGAAAACCAAUAUACCAUCAACCUACCAAUGAAGGAAUUGUGUCUAAUUCUGACUGUGCUAUUGUGGAGGGUCCAAACCAACUAGAAGUCCACAUUAUGCCCACGGACCAACACAAGUUGGUUAAUGAGCUUUGCCAAUACAUCUUGAACAUUCAAGAUGCCCAACUUUUAGAGUAAGCAAUAUGUUAGAAAAAACAAAGUGAUAAUAUGCAUUGAUAUGAUUUCAUCAUUCUUAACAUUUUCCUUAUAGACAGGAAUGGCUGCGCAGUUCUAAACCAUUUCCAAUAGGCUUGAGUCUUAAAAAAAUCCAGGACAUACUCCGGAUGGACCAACCUAUGGAUAAUGAGUGCUUCAACUUUGGCAUACGCAUAGUGGCAUGCAACGAGAUCCUGCAGAUGGUAGAGACUGAUGUACACUACAUGGAUCUACGUUUUUGUACGGCGAUGGUCAAUUCUACACGCGGUAAAAAAUUUCGAGUAAAGCCAAAUAUCCAGUCGUUGGCAAAGUUAUUUGAUAGUUGGCCUGGGAUAGACUACAAAAUCUCUUCACGCAAAGUGGUUUUGCUUCCUUAUGCAUCUAUGGACCACUUUAAUUUGUUCUCCAUCGAUAAGCACAACUCUUGUGUGUAUAUUAUUGAUCCUGUUUCCAUGCCGACAUCAUCGGAGAGUAAACUGGUUCGAUCACAUAAAACUUCAUUGAAGUUACAAAGAGUUGCAAUCUACCUAAGCGAUGCACUUGGACUAGCACAACCUGGUUGGGAUGCUGACAUAUUUUUCUGGCCACGUAGAUCACCAGUUGGUAUUCCGCAAAGUCCAAGCAUAAAUGCGUCGGGUUAUUUUGUUUUUUACAUUAUGAUCUCAUGUGAUGGCAAAAAGGUGGUUCAUCCAAUAAGCACGAAUGUGGCCGAGCUGAGGAAGAACUUUUUGGUACGCUUGCUCAAGUACGAUAAAAAUGAAGCAGAAGAAAAUAUUCCAUACAUUGUACGCCAUAUUCUAAAGAGCAUCGAGGAGGAGAUUUUUUAAUAUAAAAUAGUUAGUCGAUUUCUUAUUUCCUACUCAAACAUGUCACUUAUGACGGUUGUUAAAAUAUGCUUCAA